GCUCUGUCCGGGGCCAAAAUGAGCAUUAUGGAGUGCAAAUUUUGUCAGAAGACAUUUUCAAAGGGAGAACACCUCAGGAGACAUGAACGAAGUCACACUGGAGCCAAACCUUUCACGUGCGCUCUAUGCCGAAGGUCUUUCAGCAGACAGGAUUCACUCGCCCGCCAUGAGAAACUACAUACUCGCCGACGUGCUACCAAAGAUGCUCCUGCAACGGACACCGUUGUGAAGCCGCCAACACCUGAGAGUCUGGGGAGCACCGAUAUCAAUGACCAAACCACCACAGCCCCUACAAGCUAUGAAUAUGCCGGGGCAGUAUCCGACGACCAGCCAUUCAAUCCCCUAUCAACAUCCGUCCCACACCCGGCACCUCAGUCGCUCGACGUGGACUUUGACCUGAUAUGGCCUGAUUCAGAGGAUCUCUUCCAGAGUAUCAUGUCCACUGAAACUUCCAAUCAGUGGCAGAUGCCCCUAGGAACCCUACCAUUCUCCGCCUCUCCUACUACGAGUGAUGUCGCGUUUGGCACACCAAGCUCUUUCGAUGAGCGGCCUUCCUCGAUAGGGACCAUUCCUUCAGGCGGAAACCAUCAAGCUGUACAGGAUGUCAGCAAGAUGGUCUCAAAUCUGUCUUCCAGCGUCACUGCUGCGGCCAAAUCUACUUCGAUCACGUCAAUUUUCCUCGACGAAUGUCUGCAUAUGUUCUUCGUCAAGUUCAUCCCCACAUUCCCAGUCCUCCACCGGGCCACAUUCGUCUUCCGAGACUGUGCUCAUCCACUCCUCCUCAACGCCAUUGCCAUAGGCUCAUUAUACCUUGGACCGAAGGACGCCGUUACAAAAGGCGAAGCACUCUGGCGGCUAGCUCACACUGCCAUGGCAACGUCGUGGCAGAAUCUGAUCACCCACCGCGGCCCCUUCGACGCCUGCGAAGGCGUGCAACUCAUGAUCACGGCUAUACUGGGUCAGGUAUACGGUGCUUUGUCCAAGAACCGCGCCAUCCGAUCGACCAGUCAAGCCUUCCACUCGCUGGGCUUCGUCUGGGCACGUCGAUGCGGCAUGUUCGAUAGCCCGCCAUAUCCGCCAUCCUCGGUCCCGUCUCACGACGCCGAUGACGCGCACAAGGAACGGCAAUGGAGACUGUGGGUGGCUCGGGAGAUCCAACAACGUGCCCUCCUGGCACACUACAUGCUCGACGGCCUCAUCUCACAGAUGUCCGGAGUUCCUACCUCCGUCCGCCACGCCACCAACCAGCUCGGCCUACCCAGCAGCGACGCCGCCUUCGAAGCGUCCACGGCGAACGAAUGGAUCUCCCAGAUGCAGUCGCAACCCCUGCCGUCUCCCACGGCGACUUUCCGGAGCAUCCUCCGCCGUCUUUUCCACCCGGCCAACGAGUCAUCACGCUGGCUCGACAUCGACACCCACACCAACCUCAAUCUUUCGGCCUUCUCGCACAAAGUGAUCCUCGAGGGUCUCCAAUCGCUCAUUUCCGACGACGACGCCGACGAGGUCACCGCCGUCGGUGUACCCACCCGACGCGAAGUCCGCAGCGCCCUGAACCAAGUGUACGAGAGCAUCACGUUGAACGCCACGCUGUCGUCGGCCGACCGCCUGGAAACUCUCCUACGCUGGCACAGCAUCUGCCUCGACACCGUGGUCGACACGUCGCUGCUGUGCCGCAACCUCUGCUCGCGCUACGACAUCACGCAGCACAUCUGGCGCGAGGGGGGACCACCCCCACCCCCGCAAACCUCGUCCUCCUCGCCCUCUUCGUCCAGGAAUCCCGACCUGGUCAGUUGGGUCGGCACGCCGGCCGCCCGAAUCGCCCUCCUGCACGCCAUGGCGAUCCAGGAGAUCGUCGAGCAACUGCCUCGCGGCCGCGCCCACGCCAUACACAUGCCCAGCUCACUCUUCGCGACGGCAACGGUGUACGCGGUCUUUGCGCUCGCGGGGUCCCCCGCCCUCAAGAUCCCCUGCUCGGUCGUGUGGCACGACGUCGUUCUGCUCGACACUGGUACUGCUAAAGCCGGCAUGUCCAAUGAUUAUCUGUCCCUGUCGGAUCUGAACACGGGUACGAGUACGAGUAUCAGUAUGAGUAUGAGUACUCGUACUAGUAUGAACAACGAGACGGACACGGCGCGGUAUAUCCGCGGCGAUGUGCUCUACGGGUCGAACGUGACGUCGAGGAAUUUGCUGUACGAGUUGAAUUCGAUCCAGAAACUGUUUAGGUGUUUGUUCGCGCAAUGGGGCGUGGCGUAUGAUAUGGAAAGUGUGGUUGAGCAAUGGAUUUCGCUUUGUCAUUGAGUUGGCGGACAAGUGGUAGGCGCAGAGUCGCUUUCGAGUUUCCAACGUGCUCACAGGCACCUAACAGGGCGUCUCUAGAUGAUGAUGAUAUUAACUCAGCGUGGCGUUUAGACGGCAUUGUACGGAUGAGAUGAUGGAUGAAAAUUGAGAUGGGACGAAUUGCCUCGACCACGACACGUCGAGGCAAAAGAAUGAUGCCGCAAUGUAGAAUCUGUUUGUG